AUGAAUCGCUCUCUGGCGGCAGUCCUCUACCUCCCCCUCGCCUCAGCCGCUCAACCUGGCGCCGCCUCCCCCGUCCCCGCCCCGAUGCGCGACCUAACCUGGGGCCAGAUCAACUUCCUCCACACCACCGACAUUCACGGCUGGCUCGGCGGCCACCUCCUCGAGCCACAAUAUUCGGCCGACUGGGGUGAUUAUGUCUCCUUUGCCGAGCACAUGCGCCGUAAGGCCGACGAGCAAGGCGUCGACCUCCUCGUCAUUGACACGGGCGACCGCGUAGAGGGCAACGGCCUCUACGACGCCUCCUCCCCGAAAGGCCUCUUUACCUACGAUAUCUUCAAGGAGCAGACCGUUGACGUCAUCUGCACGGGCAACCACGAGCUCUACCAAGCCGACGCAGCCCAGCGCGAGCACGACAUCACGGUGCCGAAUUACAGAGAAAACUACAUUGCGAGUAACCUCGACUACAUCGACCCCAAAACGGGUGACCGAGUCCCGCAGGCCAAGCGCUACCGCAAGUUCAAGACAAAGAACCAAGGGCUCAACGUUGUUGCUCUUGGCUUCCUCUUUGACUUCACGGGUAACGCAAACAACACGGUCGUCCAGCCGGUGGAGGACACAGUCAAGGAGGAAUGGUUCAAGACGAUGCUGCGCGAGGAGAAGCCCGACCUAUUUGUCGUCAUCGGCCACGUUGGCCUGCGCAUGCCCGAGUUUAAGGCCAUCUUCACCGCCCUGCGCAAGGAGGCCUGGUUCGCGCCCAUUGCCUUCUUCGGCGGUCACGCCCACGUCCGCGACGCGCUCUCCUUUGACAGAGAGGCGUACGCCAUCGCCAGCGGUCGGUAUGGCGAGACCAUCGGGUGGAUGUCCGUCAACAACGUCAAGAAAAAGUCAAAGUCGGCAGACGAGGUCUUGGACGAGGCCGCGGCAUCAGUCUCCUUUACGAGAAAGUACAUCGACAACAACCUGCUAGGCCUCUACCACCACACCGGCCUCAACGAGACGACCUUCCCGACAGAGCACGGCAAGAACGUCAGCAAGCUCAUCACCAAAGCCCGCAAGGCCCUCGACCUGGACUACAAAUACGGCUGCGCGCCCCAGGACCUGUGGGUUAACCGCGCCGCCUACCCUGGCGAUAACAGCAUCUUCACCUGGCUCGAGACGCAGGUUCUCCCGGAUGUGAUUCACAAGGAUGACAGGAAAGACGUGCCGCGCUUGGCCAUCGUCAACACGGGCGGCCUCCGCUUCGACAUCUUCAAGGGCGCCUUCACAAAGGACAGCACUUACAUCGUCUCCCCCUUCACGAGCACCUUCAAGUACAUCCCCGACGUGCCCUACCCCGUUGCUAAGCGCGUCAUCGACCUCCUCAACAAGGCCGGCAAGAUUUUCCAGGAGACGGCGGGCACGAGCGACGUCCGAUUCAUGAACAUACCCGAGAUGAUGUACCCCAAGAACGACAUGGUCAUGCUCAAGACCAAGGAGGAGAGCGCACAAACGGACGGCGAACCCCACCGCCUGGAACUCCGCCACACGCCCGCCGACAACCAACAACCUCUUUCCGACAAUAAUGAUGACGACAAGUCCAAGAAGCCGGACCUCAUCGGCGGCUACACCACAAAGGACGACAUCGGCACCGACGGCGACGACACGGAACACUCCCCCAUCACCUUUUACGAGGUCCCCAACUGCAUCCAGACGGAGAUCGGCUUCCCCAAAGAGGGCGAGCCGGACAAGGUGGACAUAGUCUUCAUAGACUUCAUCCUGCAGUGGAUCAUUGUCGCGCUCAAGUUCAGUGGAGGCGAGUACAGCGAGAACGAUGUGCUGAGCUGGUCAGACGAGACCCUGACGUACAAGAUGGGCGAGUGGAUCAAGGAGAACUGGAAGGGAGACUGCUGA